GGUUGUGCAACACACUAAAUAAAUACAGGAUUGAGGAUAACAAACGGUACAAUACAACACACUUAAUGGGACUUUAACUGAGAUCUUUGAAAAAGUAAAUGAAAAGGAGAUAAAAAGCGUUUUCACUUUGAAGAAAAGCAUAUAGUUUUUUGAGACUCAUAAUAAGUAUAUCUUAACCUUGGGGUAUAAAUAUAUUUCAAAAUGGCGAUGUUUGAUGAUUUAUCAUUCAUCAUACCCCAUAUAAGGAAUUCUUUCAUAACAAGUGAUGACACUGGUAUGUGUGAGGUCAUAAUUGAAAGUGAUGAUCUCCCAUCAAAAACUGCAAGUGAAGAUGUCCGUCGUCAAAUCUCUUUGCGUUCUCAUCACCCUGACAAUAACAGUCCAGUUGAUAGUGACACAGAUUCAGACACCCAAUUUUCCCGAUCGGUUGACAUCAUUCCUGAUAUGGACUUUGGUGGGCAUAGACGCCGUAGCAAUACUGCACAGCGAUUGGAUAAACUCCGAAAAGAUCGCCAGCAACAAAUUAAAAUAAGGAAUAUAAAAUGGAAGGACAGUGAAGAUGAUAGCAUGUAUGACCCAGAAGAACAUGGUCAUUUAUUUGAGAAAAAAAGCAUCACAAAAAUUGACAAUGACCAUGUGUCAUCCUUAACAGAGCAGCUUGACAGUUUCGCAUCAGGACCUAUAAAUCCAUUCAGUGAAUAUGCUAAAUAUGAUGGUGGAGCUAACGCUGGUGUCCCUGCCAAAACAAUAGAUAUCUUUCUCACUAUGGUUAGUCCGAGAGACCGCCCCUUUCCUAUGAGAGUCUGUUGCGUAUCCAAUCAGAAAGUUUCCGUCCAGGAUUUUCUGGGCCUAACCUGCUGGAUGUAUCAUAAUCAGGGACGUGAACCAAAGUUGUUCCCAGAUAUAAACUCUUAUGCGUUACAUAUUGCUGAAGAUGAUGGUGAAGUUGACCACGAUUUCCCAGCAUUAGAUAUCAGUGAACCAAUCACAAAAUUUGGAUUCACUAAGCUCGCUUUGGUAGCUAAUAAGCAACCAUCAUCCAAACGUCGGACUGCUCUAAUCGUGACGAUUAAUCUCCCACAUAGAGGUUUCUCAAAAUUACAAAUUGACGACCCGAAUACAAGUUUGCGUGAUGUAUUGGAUAAAAUAUUGAAAAAGCGUAAAUUGAAGCAAAAUAAAGGUCUCGAGUAUAUGUUGGAGUUACAGAACAAGCCAGGGAAACCAGUUGACCUUGAUGCUGCGUUAAACAGUAUGGGAGAUGACCUUGAGUUCUGUUUGGUGAGGGAACAUAGUGUACGUGGCGGUGAAGAGCCUGAAGAAGAGACUGUGGGAGUCUCAGGAAUGGCUGCAUCAUUAAGUAGCCACCAAUACAAAUCUUACCUCGUUACUAUGGCGAACAAAUUUAGAGGCAUCACUGAGCUCCAGUUAGGGAUUUCUGGAGAGAAAAUUGAAAUUGAUCCAGUGUCGCAAAAGGGUGCGGCAAAAUUUUUUAAACAACGCGCAGUGACUCAUGAUUGUGAUGAUGUCGCAUCUUGUGAGUUCACUGAUGAGAAGCGUGGCAUGUUUAAGUUGAUUUAUCAAGGGGAGUCAGGCCAUCAUGACCUUAAGCAUCAUGACUUCCAGGCUGACGCCCCAGUUGCCUUGGAGAUUGUUGAGAAAAUUAACAACAUACUUGAAAUGAGGCCGAGUGCUCUGAGGAAGGAUUAUAUAGCUAUGAAAAAGAAAAAGGAGAAAAAAUAAAUGUUGAAAGCCAAUAAAAAAUAUAACAUGAUGUUUUAAAAUGAAAAAUAAAGUAAAGUCAGCAUGGAAUUUAAGUCAACAAGAGUCAUGAUGAUCACCUGAAAGUGGCAACAAUAUAUUGUGUGUUAGGGGAGGCAUCAAAAGAUCAAUGUCUGAUAGAAAACUAAAUAAAUCUAGUUUGGGGGAGGGGGUCAAAGCUAUUUCAGUUUGCUAUCUGACAAAUUUCAACAUUUGAAUUUCUUGGAAUUUCGACUCGAAAUGCCUUUGAAUGGUUUAAAAAUAAAGACUUGACCAGAUGCCUUCUUCACAAAUAUUCAUGCAACAUGGAAUAUUAUGCCUAUUGUUGUUGGCACAUGUUUUAUGAAUCAUGAAUAAGUUAUAGUACUGCCCCCAUGAAUGUCCAAAUUGAGUC